AUGAGUGAGAUGGAAGGUACUGGUAGUAUCAACAAUACGAAUACUACCAAUACUGCUGUUGAACAACAACAAAAACAGCAACAACAGCAGCAACAGCGUAUUGAUGUCAGUGUAAAAGACACUAAAUCAUCAACACAACAACAGCAAGAAGAAGAUGUUAUUCCUACAGCUAUCGUUAUAAAGAACAUUCCGUUCGCUAUUAAAAAGGAGCAGCUACUGGAUGUUAUUGCCAAGAUGGAGUUACCACUACCAUACGCAUUUAAUUAUCAUUUUGAUAAUGGCGUAUUUAGAGGAUUAGCAUUUGCUAAUUUUACUAAUACUGAUGAGACCACAAAAGUUUUAACUUCGUUGAAUGGCAAGGAAAUUGGUGGCAGGAAACUGAGGGUUGAAUAUAAGAAAAUGUUACCGCAGGCUGAAAGGGAAAGAAUUGAAAGGGAAAAAAGAGAGAAACGAGGCCAGUUAGAGGAGCAACACAAAUCCUUAUCUAAUCUAUCCCUUCACUCAUUAGGCCAAAAGCCAAAUCAUAUUUUCCCCAAUUUUAUGAAUGAAAAUGCAGGUGCGGCUAACGCAGCACCACCAGCAGCAAAUACUGCUAGUAACACGCCGUUAUCAAAUAAUCAAGUGCUUUUGUCAGCUCAGAGUACUGCAACUUCGUUUUAUCAACAACCAGGUGUUGGGAUCCCCACUCGUGAGAGACCAACUCAAAUCCCACCACCACCAACCCCGCAACAACAGCAGUCUCAGCAGCAACAACAGAGACAUCCAUUCAUGCAAGCGAAUCCCAAUAAUCUGGGUGGGGCACCAACGGGUGGAUUAGAGCGUUAUUACGCGCCUCUACCUUCUUCGAGUACUUUACCGUUACCACCACAACAGUUGGAUUUUAAUGAUCCUGAUACUCUAGAAAUCUACUCUCAAUUACUGUUGUUUAAGGAUAGAGAGAGAUUCUACUAUGAGUUGGCAUAUCCUGUUGGUCUUUCUGCUACCCAUAAGAGAAUUAUUAAUGUUUUAUGUUCAUUCUUAGGAUUAGUAGAAGUUUACGACCCAACUUUUAUUAUUAUUAGAAAGAAACUUUUGGAUAGAGCAACUUUACAAUCUCAUCUACAGCAACAAGGUCAAGUUACCAUGUCACAUCCUUUGCAACCAAGUUCAACCGGUGGUUCAAUGAAUAGAUCCCAAUCUUACACCUCUCUAUUACAAGCUCAUGCAGCUGCUUCUGUUGCUGCAGCUGCUAACAACGGUGGUGCUGACGCUACUGGUCCAAACCCUGCUGCUGCUGGUAGUAAUACCCCUUUACCAUCCGGUAGUGCUAGUACUACACCAAAAUUACAGAACCACACCCAAAUGCCAUCAUUAUCAAAUAGCGGUCAAGUUCCAAAUCCAUCUUCGGCUGCAGCUGCUGCAGCCGCGGCAGCGGCAGCUGCAACAGGUGCUGCUGGCUCUACACAAGGGGUUACAUUGUCACCUUCACAACUGCUACAGCCAAUUGCGUUGCACCAAUCUGAUUCUCAACAACAAUCUACGCCUCAACAGCAGCAACAAUCUUUCUUGAGACAGCAGGCUGCCCUAACUCCUUCAUCGAGAAUUCCUUCAGGUUAUUCAUCUAACCACACUCAAUUGAGCAGUGUUAACCCCUUGUUGAGAAGUUCAAAUGGUAUUUCACCACCAUCCGGUAACAUUCAACCAAAUACGCCUCAACACCGUAUGCCUCCAUCUUAUUACGGUCAACCAUCGAAUUUACAGGGCGGUGAAAAUGGUCCAACAACAGCAGCCGGUGGUGCACAAUUGAUGGGUCCUCAGCAUACAAACGGAUCAUUACAUUCAAAUUUUUCCACUAACUCUUUUUCUGAAAAUCCAAUUGGUGCAAACACUGGAUCUACAAACGAUUUCAAUCCAACAUCCAACUUAAAUGGACCCGAAAUGGUUUACACCUCUUUGGGUAACACUGGUUUGGGUAACGGUUUAGAGGAAGGCCUAAGCCGUUCUUUAAGUGGAUUGGAUUUGCAAUCAAAUAGCGCCAAUAAUUUAGGUAAUUAUGGUGCGAAUACCGCUAGAAAACCAAUAUGGUAG